ACGAGCCGGUGGUCAAGAGUAAUGUCCCCUUAGUUUAUCAUGGCAACAUAAAAACAUCUUUUAAAAUUUAAUUUGAAGUUGAGAAAUAUUGACAGUGUCAGUAUGACCAUGAGACUGGAAAAUUAAAAGGCACCUCAGCACCUCAAAGAUUUCAUUAGUUAAGCGAGAGCCAUGGCACACAGAAAUCAUGUCUCCCCUAUGCAUGAGAAAGGGGAAGAUCUCGAAUACGGAAGUUGGAAAGUUUCAAAACCGGAAUUAGCUGUGAAAAGGGAAAAGAAAACUGAAAUUGUAAUAAAGGAAAAGAAGGAAAAAGCUGAUAAAUUUGAUGCAUUUUAUAAAAAGAUAGGGGAUCAAGUAAUCCCUGAGGAUAAAAGGAUUGACUAUGUGUUGGUCCAUCCUAAAGUGGAUAUGAAAGAAAUAGAGGAUGAGGAUGAGAUCAAAGAUAUAGAGCGACAAAAUCAGCUACGAGAAAAGUUUGAGUUUGCCAUGCAUGAGGAGGGGCUAAUGAAACAAAGAAUUGAGAUAGAUGAUCAUGUGUACACAAAAAUACAUUGUCCUUUCCGAAGAUUGUGUGAGGAAGCUGAAGCAGUGUCACUGGAGAUGCCUUUGCUAGGGUGUGAAAGUGAACACAAAGAAGAGCCAAAUCGUUUAACUGACUGGGUCACAAAACAUCUUGUUACAGAUAAUGAAGUUGACAUGGUGAGUGCACCAUUCCAAAUGGACCGAAUACAUCUGUAUGAAAACUUCAAUGAUCCCACGAACUUCUUCAGACCCUCACUGAGAUCAUUGCUUGUUGAACAUAUGUUAAUUAACAUAGAUUUACGUUAUGUUGGCAUGGUUGGUAUCAAGGCAGGUGGCAAAUUUAAUCGUACAGAAGAGAGCAAAUUUCACACAAGACAAGAUUAUGAGCAAGAGCUUGUUGAAAUACUUAGGAAGCAAUCAAAGUCCAUUGCAAACUGUUGGGGAUGUAUGAAGGAAGAUACAGAGCUAGGAGACAUGCAGAAAGUUGGUCUUGACUUUAUGAGAAUGGAAGGAGUUUACACGAAUAAGUUCACUUUGCAUGAAGAAUCACAUUACGACCCAGAUGAUGAUGAAAAAAAGAAAAUCGAAAAUCUACCGACAGAUGCCGAAACACUGAAGUCUGACCCUCGACUGGAUAUGCAACUGACAUGGACAAAGUUUUUUAAGUUCCAACCGCUGUGGAAAAUACGAAACUAUUUUGGCGAGAAGAUUGCAUUUUAUUUUGCGUGGUCCGGUACGCUGGUGGAAACGUUAUGGGCGCCAAUGAUAUUUGGAGUGGCAGUGUUCAUAUACGGUCUGGUUGAAAGCAUCAAGGAGACAAAUGACUCGUCAUCAACAUCAUCGUCAUCAUCAUCAACCAGCAACUCAUCAAUAUCCGACCUGUUCAAGAAUAUCAAAGGAUCAUUUGAUAAUGAUGUCACUCCAUACUUCGCAAUGUUCAUUAGCAUCUGGGGUACAUUAUUCAUGGAGAUCUGGAAGCGGAAGCAAGCCGUAUUGGCUUAUCAGUGGGAUGUUGAACAGUUUGAAGAGAAUGAGCCUGACAGGCCAGAAUUCUAUGGAACUAAAGUGCGAAAGGACCCGGUGACAAAUGAAAAUGACUGGUAUUAUCCAUUUGCAAGACGUGCAUGGAAAUUGUGUAUAUCAGCUAUGACUUUGCUCUUUAUGGUGAUAUUAGUGUUAGUGAGCGUAAUGGGUGUGAUAGUUUACCGUGUAGUUGCAUUAGUAGACUAUUGCCCCGACCUUCCCGACGCCAACUGCCUAAUGGUAUCAACAGUUAUGUCAUCCUUGCUGAAUGCUAUAUCCAUUCUUAUACUGGGAAAACUUUAUGACAUGCUUGCUGUGAAACUUACAGAGUGGGAAAACCAUCGUACACAGACGAUGUACAAUGAUGCCUUGAUUAUCAAGUUAUUCGCCUUCCAGUUUGUCAACAACUACUCUUCAUGCUUCUAUAUUGCAUUCUUCAGAGGGAGAUUUGAUGACUCAGGUAUAUUAGGAUAUGGUCCGAAAUACAGGGACACAUGUGACGGCACAUGUAUGUCACAACUAUCCUUCCAGGUUAUGACACUUAUGGUAACCAAGCCAUUGCCUAAACUAGCAAAAGACGUCAUAAUCCCGUUUUGUCUGAAGAUAUGGCGAAAGCGAUGCCAAUGCUGUUCUUGUAUUCCUUUCCUGCGAAAAUUUCUGAAACCUGACGCCAAACCAAAAUCUGAGAAAACUUUACUCGAGAUUGAAGUGGACAAACCAACCCUUGGCAACUUUACACUGGGAGAAUAUACAGAGAAAAUUAUACAGUAUGGACUUAUGAUGUUAUUCGCAGCAUCCUUUCCUCUUGCACCACUGUUGGCUCUUCUUCUUAAUGCAGUAGAUAUGCGUAUAGAUGCCUGGAGGAUGUUGUGGUGGUAUCAGAGACCCAUGGCCACCAUAGCUGAAGAUAUAGGUACGUGGUUUGUGAUAUUGACCUUCGUGAAUUAUGUGGGAGUGGUCUCAAAUGGUUUCCUUAUAGCCUUCACGUCAGACUGGGGAAGUGGCUACGAUACUGCAGGAAAACUAUGGAUUGUCAUUGGUUUUGAGCAUAUUGUGUUUUCACUGAAGUUUCUAAUAGCCUACCUUAUACCAGAUACCCCACCAUCAGUGGCACUUGCAAUUAGAAAGAAAAAGUACCAGCUUCAGAAGAAGAUAGAUGAGGACAAAAUGAAGGAUAAAGACUAUGUGAAUGUAACAACAACAACAACCACUAGAACAGUGCCGGCAGAAAAAGUGGAACAAGGCCCACUUAUUUUAUCAAGAAAUGAUGGGGAGGACGGAGUGCCAAGAAGUCGGAGGCAGAGAAGUAACUUUGUAAAUGAGGAAGACACUGAAGUUAGGAGAAUGAGGAAGAAAAAGAAGCUUACAGAUGGUGCUAGUCGAGGAAGAGAUGUGUCACCACCUGAUUACUCUGGAAGGGUAAUGCCAGGAAAGUUGGACCGCACUGCUCACUCAACAGACUGGCUUAAGAUAUAAUCAAAAUACAUGCAGGUGAAUUAAGUUAAAAUCACUUCCAGACUUUAAUAUGUGUUUGUUGUUUUAUUUUGUGGUGUUGGAUAUUUGAAAAGUUUUAACAACCAAACUAAUUUAUAUAUAUU